AUCAAAGCUGUCCGAUUAAACCAAGUGUUUUUAAUCGGUUGUGUGAUUCAAAUGUUUUUAAUGUCCACUUUUUAAAUGUGCCAGUAUUGACUGAUGGAGACCCCCUGAAGAUGGUAGAGACUUUAUAUGUCUGAGGUGUACAGUUCGUUUAGCAGAACGGCGCACUCAAGAGCUCCAGCUAACUGCUUAGCGUGCUAUCAAUUAGACAAUGACCUUCAAGGAACUGAUGGUUCAGGUGCUCUUGGAGGGCCUGACGUUCGCCGGCGUAUCCCCAUCAAGUUACUGACCAAACAGACUGUCAGAAGCAAGCCUCCUGCCCGGCCCCAGCGUCCCACCGCCAGACUGCCCUCCAAUGGGCAAAUUAAUGACGAAACAUUUACCUGUAAGCAGGAGGAGAGGUUUGAGUGCAAAGCUGGAGAUGCUUUUGGGAAACAGCGGAGAUUCCCUCACCCAUUAUUUUGGGACUUUAAGCUCAACCUGGUUGGAGAGAAAGAUAACACUCCAGUGCACUUCUGUGACAAAUGUGGCCUGCCCAUAAAGAUAUAUGGACGAAUGAUUCCCUGCAAACACGUAUUCUGCUAUGACUGUGCAGUUCUCUAUGAGAAGAAAAGUGAUAAGACCUGUCCAGGUUGCACUGAGCCAGUCCAGCGCAUCGAGCAGUGCCAACGUGGAUCCCUCUACAUGUGCAGCAUCGUGCAGGGUUGCAAGCGCACCUACCUCUCUCAGCGGGACCUACAGGCUCACAUCAACCACCGGCACAUGAGAGUGGGCAAACCUGGAGCCUCGCGGGCCGAGACUACUCACCCAACCCCAGCUCUGACUCCGACCUUAACCUCAGACCCACCAGAUCGUUUCCGCCUGCCCCCACCCCCUCACCUGCCCAAGUCCCACACCCUGAUCCCACCACCUCUGCAGGGUCAUGACCCCUAUGGCCAGCCGCCCCCAGUAUCACCCUCUCCCUCUGACCUAGGGCCCUCGUCCCGAGCCCUCCCACCGGAGACAUUCCGCAUUGCUACUGUGACCACGCGCAAACACAGUAACCUCAUCACUGUGCCCAUCCAGGAUGACUCGGGCAGUUCCAUUCCCUCUCCACGUGAACCCCUCCCGCCGACACCCCCAGGUCUGCCCCCUCAUCACCACCCAGGCCAGGCAGUGGUGUCCCACCCUCACCACAUCAUGCCUCCACCUCAGCAGCAACAUUACGGGCCUCCACCUCCACCACCACCCCCGCUCAGCCACCCCAUGCAGGCGACAGGGGCUCCUCACAUGGUCUACAACCAGGCACCUCCAAUGUCCGCUGCACCACCUCCCAUCACCCCUCCACCCGGACAUAUCAUAAACCAGAUGCCCCCGUUCCUGAACCACCCACUGUCCGCUGCUCUCCCUCAGCACGGCGCCCCGCCUGUUAGUGCCCCACCACCUCAUCACUUUAACCCUAACUCUCUGUCCCAGGACCAGGGCACCCUGAGCCCGCCCUUCAACCAGCCGGGAGCCCUGAGCCCUGGUUUGUGGACUGCAGCACGUGUCCCUCACCCUCCUCGCAUGCAGGGCCCUCCUCAGGGCCAGAUGCCUGGACCACACCACCCAGAACAGGCCCGAUAUAGACCAUACUACCAAUAGUGCUUGGCCAACAUUCAUUAUAUCAGUUUGAACAUUAACAAGGUCAUCAAGAAUUUAAGUAAUUUCAAGUUAACUGGUUGAACUGUGCAUACACUCUGUGAUGAUGACAUUCAUGUGAUGUUUUGUAUUCCUGUUAGGUAUUUAACGGUUUAACUAAUCUGGAAUCCAGUAUUUGUUAUUGUAUGUUUGGUGGCUGAAAAAAAUAGAAACAAUGAAUCAGUGCAUACCGAAGCUAUUUUUACAUCUUUGUUUGAACACUUUUCAUAACACAUGAAAACACUUUAAUCUUGUACCCAGUGACUGCAAUAAAUGACACAAAAAGAUGAUUUUUUUUCUUCUGCAUUUUACUGUUGCUUUUGUUUACAUAGUUAAUCCAGUUGUGACAUGUUAAAAACAACAAGUUUUUGUUUCCACCUUCUCAAACACAAGCAAUUUCUGGGAGCAAAAUAUAUUUUAU